AUGAUAAAUGCCCACUCAGACCUUCUUCGCAAGGUGUAUGGAAGUUACUACCUUUCGGAGUUGAUUGAGGCUCAAAGUGAUGAACUCAAAUGUAUUGUUGUAGAGAGUGAUCGUAGAGCUGUUGGAUUUAUAAGCGCAACGAGAGAUGUGAAUAUUAAAAGCUUGAAUGAACAUUAUGAUUUGGAUGUAUUCAAUGGACUAGUGAAGUGUGACGGUCCUGCUGAAAAUAUGUUACUGCCGUUAAAUGAAAAUGUCACUUCAAGGAAUGAUAAUGAACUAAAUAAAGCAGGUCAUACAUCAGCAAGUUAUACAAGCACUGAGGAACAAAUCAAUUCGUUAGAAUUUAAUCAAUCACAUUAUGAUCAUUAUAAUUCAACGAACGGAAAAAGCAAAAGUGUCACUGGACAAAAAGACUUCUACUUGAAAAUAGAACAAUGA